AGCUCGCGGAAGUGGUCCUGGCUGCGAGGCCAGCUCGGGGUCUCCGGGCGCCCCGCUAGACGGGCAGGCUGGGGAGGGCAGGGCCAGGCCUCCCGCAUCCGGGCGCCAGGAUGGUGCAGCUGUACAACCUGCACCCGUUCGGGUCGCAGCAGGUGGUGCCCUGCAAGCUGGAGCCAGAGCGGUUUUGCGGCGGGGGGCGCGAUGCGCUGUUUGUGGCGGCGGGCUGCAAGGUGGAGGCGUUCUCAGUGGCCGGCCAGGAGCUGUGCCAGCCGAGGUGCACCUUCUCCACACUGGGCCGGGUAUUGCACCUAGCCUACAGCGAGGCAGGAGACUAUCUGGUAGCAAUUGAAGAGAAGAACAAAGCUACAUUUCUUCGUGCUUAUGUGAACUGGAGAAGUAAAAGGACCGAAAACUCUCGUGUGUGUAUCCGAAUGGUCGGGCAUAACGUGGAGGCACCCUUCAGCAAAACCUUCAGAGACCAGAUGUCUAUUGUUGAAAUGCCGCUUUCCGAGGCCCCCUUGUGCAUUUCCUGUUGCCCUGUGAAAGGAGACCUUCUUGUUGGCUGCACGAAUAAGUUAGUUUUAUUUAGUUUGAAGUAUCAGAUCAUUAACGAGGAACUCUCAGUAUUGGACUUCGAGCGUUCUUUAAUUAUACACGUAGAUAAUAUCAUUCCUGUCGAAAUUUCUUUUUGUGUUGGAUAUGUUGCUGUCAUGUCAGACUUAGAAGUCUUAAUCCUGAAACUGGAGUCAAACCCUAAAAAUGGAGAGAGAGUUAAACACCAUCUACAUAAGGCAAACACUCCAAUGAAACAGACAGAAGGCAUCAGUAAUGAAACUUCACAGCUUGAGCCAGAUGAUUUUGUUAUAUGCCAAAAGCCCAUGGAACUUCUUGGUGAAAAAAGCCAACACUCUGGAGUGUCUGUUACCCUGGAGUCUACAGGAAUAGCUGAUGAAAACCUAAAAUAUUUCCAUAUUCAGCACCUGCUCUAUCGACGUUUUACACCUGAUAUUUCAUCCUACGUGUUGACCGAUGACGUCAAGUUGCAUUCCCUUCAGCUGCUCCCCAUUUACCACUCGGGUUCUCUUACUUCUGAUGGAAAAAGCCUGUCUCAGGAGAAAGAGUUGCUGAGUCUCUUUUGUUUUUUCUCAUUACCUCAUGUGGGUUACCUCUACAUGGUCGUCAAGUCUGUUGAAUUAAUGUCAGUCUACCAGUACCCUGAGAAGUCUCAGCAGGCGGUGCUCACACCACAGUUUUUGCAUGUCAUCACGAGUAACAACCUGCAGUGCUACACGGUGCGGUGCAGCGCGGCGACGGCUCGUGAGGAGGACCCGUACAUGGACACCACCCUGAAGGCUUGCCCACCUGUCAGUAUGGAUGUCUGCGCUUUAAGAAUACAACUUUUCAUAGGUUUGAAAGCCAUCUGUCACUUUAAAAACCACAUCAUACUUUUGACGAAGGCAGACCCUGAGGCCAUUCCAGAGAGAAGGGAAUCACCCAAGAGGCUUCUUUCCAGAAAAGACGCCAGUGCUAAGGUCAGAACACCUCCUGUGGCUGAAGCUGGGUGGAAUUUGUACAUUGUGAAUACGAUUUCCCCCAUGCAACUGUAUAAAGAAAUGGUGGACUACAGUAAUACAUACAGGACUGUAAAAACACAGAGCUGCAUCCACCUUCUCAGCGAGGCUCAUCUGUUAGUGAGAGCUGCCCUGAUGGAUGCCAGUCAGCUGGAACCCGCAGAGAAGGCGGAGCUGCUAGAAGCAUUUAAAGAAAGCUGUGGACACCUUGGAGACUGUUACAGCAGGCUUGAUACACAGCAUUCCCACCUCACCUUGCCAUACUAUAAGAUGUCUGGUUUAUCUAUAGCCGAAGUUUUGGCCCGCGUGGACUGGACAGUAGAGGAUGGAUCCCAGAAAUACGAGAGGGGAUUAAUCUUUUAUAUUAAUCACUCACUUUAUGAAAACCUGGAUGAAGAAUUAAGUGAGGAAUUAGCAGCCAAGGUGGUGCAGAUGUUCCAUGCAGCUGAGCCCAAGCAACUGCCUCAUAUCCUCUGUAGCCCUUCCAUGAAGAAUACGAAUCCUUUAACUGCCAUGAGCUACCUAAAGAAGCUGGAUACUUCUGGGUUUUCAUCGAUCUUAGUGACAUUGACCAAAGCAGCCAUGGCUCUGAAAAUGGGAGAUCUUGACAUGUACAGGGACGAAAUGAAAAGCCAUUCAGAGAUGAAGUUGGUCUGUGGCUUCAUUCUGGAACCCCGGCUACUGAUUCAGCAAUGGAAGGGACAGACCGUUCCGACCGAGCUCACAUUCCACUUGAAGGAGACUCAGCCUGGCUUGCUUGUCGCUGCAGUCCUAGGCUUGCAGAAGAACGACAAAAUUGGAAUUGAAGAAGCAGAUUCCUUCUUUAAGGUGCUGUGUGGUAAGGAUGAAGAUCUGAUCCCUCAGCUCUUGAUAGACUUUUGGGAAGCCCAGCUAGUAGCUUGUCUCCCAGACGUGGUGCUUCAGGAACUCUUUUUCAAACUCACAUCGCAGUACAUCUGGAGAUUAUCGAAGAGGCAGCAUCCUGACACCACGCCAUUGCGAACGUCAGAGGAUCUGAUAAAUGCCUGUAGUCAUUAUGGUUUAAUCUAUCCUUGGGUUCAUGUCUUAAUCUCAUCUGAUUCCUUGGCUGAUAAAAAUUAUACAGAAGACCUGUCAAAAUUACAGUCUCUUAUCUGUGGUCCUUCAUUUGACAUAGCUUCCAUCAUUCCGUUCUUGGAGCCGCUCUCAGAAGAUACCAUCGCUGGCCUCAGUGUCCAUGUUCUGUGUCGUACACGCUUGAAAGAGUAUGAACAGUGCAUAGACACACUGCUAGAGCGGUGCCCGGAGGCACUCAUUCCGUAUGCCAGCCAUGAGCUGAAAGAAGAGAACCGGGCUCUAUGGUGGAAAAAACUGCUGCCUGAACUUUGUCAGAAAAUAAAAUGUGGUGGAGAGAAAUACCAACUCUACCUGUCAUCACUAAAAGAAACCUUGUCGAUCAUUGCUGUGGAGCUAGAACUGAGGGAUUUCUUGAAUGUUCUCCCAGAAGACGGCACUGCAGCAUUCUUCUUGCCAUAUCUCCUCUACUGCAGUCGAAAGAAAUCGCUAACCUGAAUGUAGCAUUUGAAAUGCGAACACCACAAUGGCAUGUGAAACUGAAUGUUUGAAAAUCAAACGCCAGCAAAGUAUUUAAAGCAAAAAAAUACAAGCAAAGUAUUUUUCAUAUUUUAUAUGAUACAAUAAAUGCUUUCAGGAUGCUCAGUUUACCAUGUAGGGGUAACCAUUUAUUUCUUAAGUUAUGUCCCAAAUUCAUUGAAUUGUUCAGAAUGUAAGAAAAUACUGAAGAUAUAAGAAUUCCUCAAAGAAGACAUUUUUUUUUUUUAAGAGAGAGAUUUUUGCUAUAGGUUGCAUACGCUCACCACAGAGACAGCAAGUGAGAAAUCACCCCCAAGGGGGGAUGGCCACACCACAAUCCC